AUGUGGAUCAACAUCGAAGAGGUCGGUCACGCAAUUAUGGCGUACAUAAGUUUAAUAUUCAGCUAUCAAAUUAAUAUUUUUGUAAUGUUUCUACCUUGUAUUCUAAGCCAAUGGUGCUGGAAUGAUGUACGAACACCGUACGUCCGAACCUCAGAUAUCUCCCGGAGUGGGCGGGGAAACUGUCACUAUCAAUGCUGGACAGGAUGGUACACGACGUCGGUUGAUUACACGUACAGUACAAAAUCGUGUGAACUGGAUUAUAAGACAACAUCUGAAUUGGGUUGCUGCGAGGGCUACGCCAAUCAAAAUGGAAAAUGCAUUCCGUUGUGUAAAAAUGGUUGCCUAAAUGGUCGCUGCAUCGCUCCAAAUAUAUGUACCUGCAGCCCAGGAUUCGUCAAAAUUAACAACGAAUGCACUCCUAAAUGUUCUGACUGCAGCGAUGGAGUAUGCGUCGCACCAAAUCAGUGCGUUUGCAACGAUGGCUUUGAAAAAGAUGCCAACGGAGUUUGUGUUCCGAAGUGUGAGAAUAUCUGCGUCGGAGGUACCUGCAACAGGCUUCGUGAGUGUGUUUGUCCCGAUGGUUAUUUUUUCAACCCGUUGCUGUUGAAGUUCGGCAUUGAGAACGGUACGGUGUGUACUACAGUUUGUGAACGGCCCUGUAAAAACGGGUAUUGUCUAGGGAAAAAUCGGUGUCAAUGCUUUCCGGGAUAUCAACAAUCUAAACUGGACCCGUACGACUGCCUUCCAGUUUGUGAUUCGAACUAUGUGAACUGUUCCAACGGUAGCUGUGUAGCCCCUAACAAGUGCAUUUGCCACAAAGGGUACAGAUUGGAUACAAACGGAUGUACUCCAAUUUGUUCCCAAAACUGUCUAAAUGGAGUUUGUGUAGCUCCUGAACAGUGUGUUUGUAAUACUGGCUACAAGAAAGAUCCUCUAGCUGGGAAUGAAUGUGCUCCGUCGUGUUAUCCUUCGUGCACCAAUGGAAUGUGCGUCAGUCCAGGUUUCUGUCAAUGUUUUCCUGGAUUUCAAAAACAUUCUUCAUCACCCUACAAAUGUGAUCCUGUUUGUGAUGUGAAGAUCGUAAACUGCGACAAUGGAAGUUGCAUUGGACCAAAUCGUUGUAAAUGUAAUCCCGGAUUCGUGUUUCACGAAAAUCGGUGCAUUCCACGAUGCUCUUCCGAGUGUGUCAACGGAAUUUGUGUAGAACCAAACAAAUGUUCCUGCAAAAGUGGCUACACAUCAAACUCUGAAGCGCACAUCUGUGUACCGUCGUGCAACCCUUCCUGCGUAAAUGGAGAUUGUAUCGCACCAGACAUAUGUAAGUGUCACCCUGGAUUUAAAAUAUCUAGUAACGCUUCAGUCUGCCUACCUGAUUGUGAUCCGAAUUAUGUGAACUGUUCCAAAGGCAAUUGUGUAGCUCCUAACAAGUGCAUUUGCAACAAGGGGUACAAAUUAGACACAAACGGAUGUGCUCCAGUUUGUUUCCAAAACUGCAUUAACGGAGUUUGUAUAACUCCUGAACAAUGUUCUUGUAAUUCCGGGUAUAAAAAAGACACCUCUGCAGGGAACCAGUGUGUUCCGUCGUGUAAUCCUCCGUGCACCAAUGGAAUGUGCGUCAGUCCAGGUGUUUGCCAAUGUUUUCCCGGAUUUCAAAAAUCUUUAACGUCAUCUAGCAUAUGUGAUCCUAUUUGUGAUAAGAAAAUCGUAAACUGCGACAACGGAAGUUGCGUUGGACCAAAUCGUUGUAAAUGUAAUGAAGGUUUCGUGUUUCACGAAAAUCAGUGCGUUCCAAGCUGUUCUCCCGAGUGCGUCAACGGAAUUUGUGUUGAACCUAACAAAUGUUCCUGCAAAAGUGGCUACACACCAAGCUCUGAUGCACACAUCUGCGUACCACUAUGCAUCCCUUCCUGCGUAAAUGGCGAUUGUAUCACUCCAAACCGAUGUAAUUGUCACCCUGGAUUUGAGAACUCCUCCAGUAAUGCCUCACUCUGCGAACCCGUUUGUGAUCCGAAAGUAGCUAACUGCGACUUUGGAACCUGCAUCGAACCAAACCGAUGCAAAUGCGACCCAGGUUACAAUUUCAGCGACAACCGCUGCGUUCCCCAGUGUGAUUCCGGGUGUUCGAAUGGUUUUUGUUCAGCUCCUAACGAGUGCGUUUGCGAGAUAGGCUUCACUAGUAGUCCAAACAAACCUAACACUUGCGUUCCGGUAUGCGAACCACCUUGUCAAAAUUCAUCCUGCGUAGCCCCAAACGAGUGUCGAUGUUUGAACGGUUACCAACCAUCCCUUCGGGAUCCCGCCACUAGUUGCGAGCCGAUCUGCGAUCCAAGGUUCAUCAACACAACCAACGGCCAUUGUAUCGCUCCGAAUGUACUGCAGUGCGUAGCAGAUUUCUACCUGGGACAACUUCUCGACAGCAAUGUUCUCGGUUGUACUCCGCGCUGCGCUCCGGAGUGCGUCAAUGCUGAAUGUCUCCAGAACAACGACUGUAAGUGUCAUCCCGGUUUCAAACCUUCCCCGCUAGCAUCAAAUAUCUGUGAUCCGAUUUGUGAACCAUCUUGCCAGAACUCAACCUGCAUGGGACCUAACGAUUGUGCCUGUUGGGAAGGUUAUCAGCCCAAUCCGCAACAAUCUGAAAGCUGUCUACCCAUUUGUGACCCGGCUGUUGUAAACUGCACCUUCGGUGAUUGCAUUGCUAUAGACGAAUGCAGCUGUCAUGAAGGCUAUCAGUUAUUGAUCCCAAAGGAAAGUGAUAUUCAGGUUUGCAGUCCCGUUUGCGUCUCAUCCUGUCCUAACGGUAUUUGUUUAGAACCAAAUGUUUGCGAGUGUCUUCCGGGAUUUAGUGAAAAUUCGCUGAACGAAUGCGAACCGGUUUGUGAGGAACCUUGCACUAACGGGGACUGCACCGCACCGAAUACAUGCACCUGUUAUGCAGGAUUUGUUCCGCUUAAUUCAACCGUUUGUGAACCGUUCUGCAAUCCGACUGUGGUGAAUUGUACAUUUGGUGAUUGCGUUUCACCAAACGGCUGUCAAUGCUUGGAAGGAUAUGAACUGAUCGAUACUGAAACGGUAGAAAGAUGUGAACCGGUUUGUAUUGAUUUGCCUGCAAACGGUUGGUGCGUAGAACCUGGAAUGUUUGCUUGUUUGGAUGGUUAUCUACGAACGGAUAAUGACACAUGCGUGCCUCAGUGUGAUCAAUCGUGUGGCAAUGGAAGCUGUAUUGCACCCAACUAUUGUCAGUGUGAUGAAGGAUACGAACAGAAUAAUGAAACGAUGGGAGGAAGCUGUUUUUCGAUCUGCGAAAUGUAUUGUGAGAGUACGAACGGAACUUGCGAAGGCAGUUUGUGUCUUUGUGCUGAAGGAUUUGGGACUCUAAAUAGUCCAUACUACUGUAGUCCAGUUUGUGCGAACUGCAGUAAUGGGAUUUGUGAGGCUCCAGACGCUUGCAGCUGCCUGGAGGGCUACAAGUGGAACAAUGAAACCACCGUCUGUCAGCCGAUUAGCGACAGUUACGAUAAUGGAUGCUGCACAGAUCUGCGAGAGAGGUAUUUGCGACUGUUGCGCCAAUUAAAGCCCGAAUGGAUGGUGCCGGCAGCACUAAUUCUAGUGGCAACUCUCGUAACUGGACUCACAGCGUGCUGGAAGAUGCUAAACAGGAAAAAGAUUUUCGAAGAAAAUAGCGAUUCAGUGUUUGAAAGUGCGAUCGAGGACUACGAUUUAUGAUGCUUCAGAAGGCACAUCAAUGAUCAAAU